CUGCAGAGCAUGUGCGCCAUGGCUGCCACCACCUCAGGUGAUAAGGACUGUCCAGCCCACUUCUCAGCGGCUGCUGACCGCAUCCUCAGUGGCUUCCAGGAAGACUUUCUGUGGCCCAUGCUGGUAGCUGAGUUCCUGGUGGCCCUUGCUGGCAACAGUCUGGCCUUGUACCGCUUCUGCACACGGGAGCAGCGCCCAUGGCACCCAGCCGUGAUCUUCUCCGCCCAACUGGCCAUCAGCGACCUGCUCUAUGCCCUGACACUACCCCCGCUGGCUGCCUACUUCUACCCACCCAAACACUGGCGCUAUGGGGAGGUCACCUGCCGCCUGGAGCGCUUCCUCUUCACCUGCAACCUGCUGGGUAGCGUCAUCUUCAUCACCUGCAUCAGCCUCAACCGCUAUCUGGGCAUUGUCCAUCCCUUCUUCACCCACAGCCAACUGCAGCCCAAGCACGCCUGGGCCAUCAGCACUGCUGGCUGGGUGCUGGCAGCCCUGCUGGCUGCACCCACACUCAGCUUCUCCCACUUGAAGAGGCCGAAGCAGGAAGGCAGGUGCACUGUGGCCACACCGGAGGCCUGCAUCAAGUGCCUAGGAACGGCAGAUGACAACCAGCUUGAGGCCUACAGAGUCUAUGGCCUGGUGCUGCUGGCCCUGGGCUGUGGCCUGCCGCUGCUGCUCAACCUGGCAGCCUAUGGCGCCCUGGGGCGGGCCGUGCGGCGUAGCCACGGCAUGACAGCGGCCAACAAGCUGCACGUGAUAGUGCUGGUAGCCAGUGGUGUGGCCCUCUAUGCUAGUUCCUAUGUGCCCUACUAUGUCACACAGGUGCUCAACGUGUAUGCCCGGCAGCGCUGGAGGGCCCUCUGCCCAGGCUUCACAAGCACAGCCCAGGCUGAGAAGGCACUGGACUGGAGGACAUAUGUGGCCUACCAGGUAACACGGGGCCUCAUCCCCCUGGCCAUCUGCAUCCACCCGCUGCUCUACAUGGCGGUGGUGCCCAGCCUGGGCUGUUGCCGCCAACACUGCCUUGGCUGCAGGGAGGGCCAGACCCCGGAGAAGGCCGAGUGCUCCAGCCAAUCCCUGCCACUCAAUGUCACAGCUACUCCCAAAACCUCAGGGCCCCAGUCCCCUGAGUUGAGCCCAUGACCUGGACCAUCUCUAGCCCCCUCCUCAUCACCAGAUCCUGGGACCUGGCAAAAGAAUAGGGGCUGAGAGCACAGCAGGCCCCUGGCCCUGAAUCCUCAAUAGGCCCUAAGCGUACUCCUCCACAGAAAGGUCUAGAGUGGGACCAGGGAGCACUGAAGCCAGAGUGGCAGGAACUUCUGCCACAGCACCAACUCUGGACAGGGCCAGGAAAUAAACCCACAUCAGGGAGGGGGAGGAAGGAGGGCAGGAUGGCCCCACCCCCCAACAGUGUGAGCGACAUCUGUGAAUAAAUGGAACAGCACUGGG